GCCUCUGGGAACCUCAGUGACAAAACUCCCUUUGUGGAAUGCACGUCGCCGUUGAUACCCCUUCAUCAUUUUUUUUCCACAAAUUAACGAGCUACGUCAACACGUCCACCAGCAUGUUGAGUGUGAUGUGCCGUGUACUGGGUACAGGUGCGGGAAUCAGUGGUUUGGUACGGGUAGUCAGCGUCGUGGGUGUGAGAGGUAGUGAAGGUGGAACUACAAGAAUAUCCCGGGCUCUCCACAUCACCAUGACACAACUAGCACAAAACAGUCAUUUCAACAAACCCACGGCUUCCAAUGACUUACCACGGCCGGGAGGGAUCGCUUCUUUCAUGCGUCUUCCUGUCCACACAACUACAGAAGAUCUAGAUGCAUGUUUCAUAGGAGUACCACUAGACGUUGGGACAUCCAACAGAAGUGGCACUCGUUUAGGACCUAGACAAAUACGCUGUGAGUCGGUGCUUCUCAGACCUUACAACUCAGUGACUGGAGCGGCACCUUUCAACUGUCUCAACGUUGGUGAUGUGGGCGAUGUGCCUUGCAAUAUAUUCAACUUGCCAGUGGCGUGUGAGAACAUCAGAGAGUACUACGUUAAGGUGAUCGCGAAUGGAUGUAUCCCUCUGACCUUGGGCGGCGACCAUACCAUCACCUAUCCGAUCCUUCAGGCUAUCAAGGCCAAGAGAGGUACAGUUGGGCUGGUACAUGUAGAUGCUCAUUCGGACGUCAGUGAUACCAUGCUUGGAGCUAAGAUCACCCAUGGUACCCCCUUCAGGAGAGCACUGGAGGAGGAUCUCAUUGACCCUCGUGCCACCUACCAAAUUGGUCUUCGAGGCUCCUGUCACACAGAAGAUGGAAAUGCAUGGCAGCUGAGUAAGGGGUUCAAUGUGGUGACAGCUGAGGAGUGUUGGCACAAGUCCCUCACACCACUCAUGGAAGAAAUAAGAGCUAAGAUGGGUGACAGACCAGUUUAUCUCUCCUUCGACAUUGAUGCUAUUGAUCCAGGGUUCUGUCCCGGUACAGGCACUCCAGAGAUAGGAGGACUAACACCCAUCCAGGCGCUAGAAAUCGUACGAGGCUGUAGGGGACUUAACCUCGUGGGCUGUGAUCUAGUGGAGGUUUGUCCUCCAUAUGACUUUGAGGGAACAACUGCUCUCACUGGGGCAAACUUGUUGUUUGAAAUGCUCUGUACUCUCCCAGGUGUUGUUACCAGAAAAUAAACCCAUAUACUUUGAAAAGGUACUGUACUUUCAUAUGUUUACAAUGUAAGAAACACCUAUUUUCCAAAAACAUCAUUGCUGGUUUCCACUUAACUGAUGCAUUUCAGAGCAUAAACAGUAAUAUCUCUUAACCAGAAUCCCCAUUAGCCAGAACUCUCCAAUACCCGGAAUUCUAAUUGGCUCGGAAUUUUGUGGGUAAACUCUCUCCAUUUCGGUUUGUGAACGAGUUUCCGAGGUUGAAAAUCGGGGACAUUUUCUGACAAAAUUCCAGAAAUUCACUCCAUUUUUUUUG